CUUUUCCGGUGUCAUGGCGUCAAUUGCAAGGCCAGGGCACAAAAGGGAGUACUAGAUGUUUGUUAGACCACUAUUUUUUGCUUCUAUUCUCUGAGGACUUCUUAGAAAGAACCUGGGAGACCUCCAAACUACGCAAUGAAGGCGGUGACCUUUGAGGAUGUGAUUGUGAACUUCAGCAAUGAGGAGUGGAGUUUGCUGAGUCCAUCCCAAAAGAACCUCUACAGAGAUGUGAUGGGUGAAAUCUUUAGGAACAUGGCUGCAAUAGGAGGACUUGGGGAUAUCCAUGAAGCUGAAAAAGAAGGCAAAAUUUACUGGAGAUACUUAAGAAAUGACAAGCUACGAAAAUCUUAUGGACAUACAUCUUGGAAUCAGUGUAAAGAAGUAUUCCUUUGUUCUGCAGAAGGUAAUGUGAAUGUGAAAGAAACAGAAACACACCACAAUGUUCAGAUCCAUGAAAAAUAUUGCAGUGGAGGGAAACCCUACGUAUGUGAGCAAUGCGGGAAAGGUUUUACCACACAUGGAAUUUGUAAGAAACAUGAAAGAAUUCACAGAGGAGAGAGACCUUACGUAUGUAAUCAGUGUGGGAAAGAUUUUACAACAUGUACAUAUUGUCAAGUACAUGAAUGUCUUCACUCCAGAGAAAAAUGUUAUAAAUGUAAGCACUGUGAGAAAGCUUUCAGCACAUGUACUUAUUGUGUAAUCCAUGAAAAACUUCACACUGGGCAGAAAUCGCAUAUAUGUAAGAAAUGUGGGAAAGCUUUUAGCAGUAAAAUUCAUUUUCAAAUACAUGAAAAUGUUCACACUGGAGAGAAACCCUAUGUGUGUAAGCAAUGUGGAAAAGGUUUCACUCAACUUGGACACUGUAAGGAACAUGAAAGAAUUCACACUGGAGAGAAACCGUAUGGAUGUAAGUAAUGUGGGAAAGCGUUUAACACACGGGGAGACUGUAGGAAACAUGAAAGAAUUCACACUGGAGAGAAACCCUAUGUAUGUAAGCAAUGUGGGAAGGCUUUUAAAACACAGGGAGCUUGGAAGAAUCAUGAAAGAAUUCACACUGGAGAGAAACCGUAUGGAUGUAAGGAAUGUGGGAAAGCUUUUACCACACCUGGAUAUUGUAAGGCACAUGAAAGAACUCACACUGGAGAGAAAUCAUAUGUAUGUAAGCAAUGUGGGAAAUCUUUUAACACAUUGGGAGACUGUAAGAAACAUGAAAGAAUUCACACCGGAGAGAAACCUUAUGUAUGUAAGCAAUGUGGGAAAGCUUUUACCACACCUGGAUAUUGUAAGGCACAUGAAAGAACUCACACUGGAGAGAAACCAUAUGUAUGUAAGCAAUGUGGGAAAGCUUUUAACACAUUGGGAGACUGUAAGAAACAUGAAAGAAUUCACACCGGAGAGAAACCUUAUGUAUGUAAGCAAUGUGGGAAAGCUUUUACCAGACCUGGACAUUGUAAGGAACAUGAAAGAAUUCAUACUGGAGAGAAACCAUAUGUAUGUAAGCAGUGUGGGAAAGCUUUUACCAGACCUGGACGUUGUAAGGAACAUGAAAGAAUUCACACUGGAGAGAAACCAUAUGUAUGUAAGCAAUGUGGGAAAGCAUUUAACACUCAUGCAUAUUGUAAGGUUCAUGAAAGAAUUCACACUGGAGAGAAACCAUAGUUAUGUAAGCAAUGUGGGAAAGCUUUUAAAACAUAGGGAGAUUGUAAGAAACAUGAAAGUUCACAUUCAAUAUAAAACCUGUGUAUAUAGGCAUCAUGAGAAUGGUUUAGCACAUGUACAUAUUGCAUAAUGCAUGAAAAUCUUCACACUGGGCAGAAAACUUACAUAUGUAAGGAAUAUGGGAAAGGUUUCAGCAGAAAUGCUCAUUGUCCAAUACAUUAUAAAAUUUACAUGGUUGAGAAACUCUGUGUAUGUGAAGAAUGUGUGAAAGCUUUCACCACACAUGGAUUUUAUAAAAUACAUCAAUGACUUCACACUGGUGAGAAAGCCUAUGUACAUAACAAUGUGGCAAAGCUUUUACUGCAUAUAGUCAUUGCAAAACACAUGAAAGAAUUCACACUGGGAAGAACCACUGGCUAUGUAUCCAAGUGGAGACACUUUCAGCAGCCAGAUUGUAAGUGAAAUACAUGAAAAAACUCACACAAGAGAUAAAUCCUAUGUGUUAUGUGAAUACUCUUAGCAUACAUGAUCAUUGUUAAAUAUCUGAAAGAGCUCACUGGGCAGAGAUGCUAUGUUGAUUAACAAUGUGAGAAAUAUGGCAAUCCAUGUUUCUUGUUAAAUACAUAGAAAAAGCAUCACUGUUCAGACAGUUUAGAUCUAAGUUUACUUUAAAAAUCCCAAGGAGACCUGAAGAAAUAAUCAAUACAGAAGUUAGAUGUCAAAAUUUCUUCACAAAUAUUCCAGAAAUGACAAAUCUGAGGUGGAGCUCUACUCAAUUGCAUAUGUUUUAUGAUUUUCAGUUAAUCACUUGUACCUCUCUAGAUUUUUAAAAGUGUUUUUGUGCUUCAACAUGGCAUCUUGUAAUUAAAAAUGCUAAAC